AUGUCGUUCUUAGGAAAAUCUGCCAAGAAUAAGUCUUUUAAAAUGUCUGUAAUCACCUCUUUCGCGACUGAAAAAUUUCACAAGAAUUCAGCAUUUCAGAAACUUUAUCUCAAAACUGCAUAUAUUAUUGAUUCACGUGGAUUAUAUCGUCUGUCUCAAACCGCAUGUUUAUUACUAACAUGA